AUGACACUCAUGUCAGGUGGCAGCUGCUUAAAGCGUGCCGGCUGCCAGGUGGCAGCUGCUUCCUAUCCAAGUUUGUCAGCGAAAACCGGAUUUUUCUACGUCACACUUGUACUUUUAAUUCUACCUGUUGUACGGUACCAAAGACAGCCCCCUCACAUCGUGAUCUUCUUGGCGGACGAACUGGGAUGGGACGACGUAAGCUUUCACGGGUCUUCUCAGAUCCCAACGCCAAACAUAGACGCACUCGCGGCAGAUGGUGUCAUCCUGAACAACUACUACGUCCAGCCAUUCUGCACUCCUUCAAGGGCUGCCCUCAUGACUGGGCUUUACCCUAUACGUACAGGCAUGCAAGGACUUCCUAUUGCUAUAGCUGAGCCUUGGGGAUUGCCCUUGAGCGUGCGAAUCAUGCCCCAAUACUUCAAGGAACUUCGCUACGAGACCCAUUUAAUCGGAAAGUGGCACUUGGGCAGCUACACGAAAAACCAUACACCAACCUCUCGUGGUUUCGACAGUUUCUACGGCUUCUACAACGGAGAAGAGGACUACUUCACCCACAACGUUACGUGCCAAAACCAAACCGGUCUCGACUUUUGGCACAACACGGAUCCAUUGUGGACGAGUACCGGAACUUACUCUACAACCCUGUUCACACAGCGAGCCAAGCACGUUAUUCGCAACAGAAAAAAAGGGAAGCCGCUCUUUCUUGUGGUGAGCUACCAGGCAGUGCACGGUACAGGGAGCAGCGUGCCACUACAGGCUCCACGGGAGAACACUGAAAAGUUUCCGUACAUUGGAGAAACAAGCAGAACAAUCUUUGCAGGCAUGGUGGACGCAAUGGACCUAUCUGUAGGCGAAGUUUUUCAAGCACUGAGCGAGGCCAGCAUGCUAGACAACACCAUCAUCGUUUUCAGCAGUGACAAUGGCGGAGCUCCUUUUGGCAUGCAUUCUAGCCGCAGCUUCAAUUGGCCACUGCGCGGUAUAAAGGGUACGGUGUGGGAGGGAGGCACUAGGGCGGCUGCAUUUGUCUGGAGUUCCCUGCUUGCCCGGAGACGAAGAGUGUCGAAUCUACUAAUGCAUAUUACGGACUGGUUGCCCACUUUGUACUCAGCUGCCGGUGGCAACGUAGCGAAGCUUCCUGAGCUGGAUGGACAAGACAUGUGGCGGCAUCUAUCGAAUGGGUGGCGUUCACCACGAACCGAGGUGCUGUACAACAUCGGUCCUUUGCCCUCGGCGGCGGCAAUUCGCGACUCGAGGUACAAGUUAGUGGUGGACAGCACCGGCUUCUUCAACCAGCGCUACUUGACAGCGGGAGGCAGCCGUCCGCGACGGGAUCUGGACCACCUGCUCUUACAGUCAAACGUAGUGAAAGUGCUCAGAGAUCUGUACGGAAUGGACGGCGGUUUCAGGCUUCCUAAAGGGUGGAGACGACGAGCGACGCUAGACUGCAGUGAAGGGUACAGAAGAAAUUUUUCGUCCAGUGAUUCUGUCUACCUGUUUGACAUCGUCAGGGAUCCGUGCGAGCUGAAUAACUUAGCCAAAGUCCAUCCCAAUAUUGUGGCGCACCUGCAGAAGCGCAUGAAUGCCUACCAAGCUGGUGCCGUGCCGACACUAAACAAGCCACGAGACCCAGCUGCUCUUCCGGACAGGCACAACGGAACAUGGGCGCCGUGGGUUCAGUGAACCCAGAAGAAGUUCAUGCAUUGAAACGUUCCUAGGUUUGGAAGGAGGGGACAGAAACUCCGAACUUCCCUGCCUUCAAGUGACAGCUGCCAGCCUACGCCUUGCUUUUUUUGUCUCUCUUUCAAGUAUACAUGUGUGUACGUAUGC